AUGGUAGAAAUUCAAAUUCAAUUGAUCAUGAACAAAACAUGUUCAAUGAAUAUCGUCGCUUGCUUCUUGUUUUUGUUAUCGAUUGAGCUGCACAACACUUCAAGCUUACAAGAAAGACUAUUUAAAUUCCGUCGCAAGUUUAUGAGUGGAAAAAGUUGUAAAACUCUUACCUGUUUGCUGAAAACGGCAACAUCUUCGCUGAAGGAAUCUGAUGAGCAUACGUCGCCACCGGCAACGCCUGGCUCGCGGGGUGUACAUGUCGCGAGUUCACAUUUCUCGAAUAUUAAUGCCAAUAGUGGAAAGAGUGGAUGUCUGCAAUUAAAUGAAAAAGAAUUCCAUGAUAAAAAAGGAACAACGACAAGUGAGUCAUUAAAAUGUUUCUCAAAGUGCAAAACACUUCAUGAAAUCGUGUUGGUGAGGCUGCAGAACCAGUUAAGUAUAUCAGCUGAGUAUACACACGUGGAAUGGAAACAUUUUUUGACUUAUCACUGUGAUCAUCUCGACCUCAAGAUCAUAUCAAAGUUAUCAAUAAGAUCAUUGCAAAACUUCUUAGCAAGCUUGCAUGCUGCUACUUAG